AGCAUGCAACGUGGUUGGGCGGUCCUCUUGCUCCUGCUGGUGCUCCAGGGCGGCUGGGGCUGCCAAGACCUCACCUGCUACACUGACUACCUGCAGACGGUCACCUGUGUCCUGGAGACCUGGACCCUGCACCCCUGGCUGCUCACCCUUACCUGGCAGGACCAGUACGGAGAGCUCCAGGACGAGGUCACCUCCUGCAGCCUGCACAGGUCUUUCCACAAUGCCACACACUCCAGCUACACCUGCCGCAUGGAUGUGUUCCGCUUCAUGGCCGACGACAUCUUCAGCAUCAACAUGACGGACCCGACUGGCAACAACUCGCAGGAGUGUGGCAGCUUCAUGCUGGCUGAUAGCAUCAAACCUGCACCCCCUUUCAACGUGACCGUGACCUUCCUGGGAUACUACAACGUCUCUUGGAGAUCCGAUUAUGACGACCCCACCUUCUACGCACUGAGGGGCAAGCUGCAGUACGAAGUGCAGUACAGGAAUCGGGCCGACCCCUGGGCUCGGAGUCCGGGGAGAAAGCUGGUCUCGGUGGAUUCCAGAAGCGUCUCCCUCCUGGCCCGGGAGUUCCGCAGAAACUCGAGCUACGAGCUGCAGGUGCGGGCGGGGCCCCAGCCUGGCUCCUUCUUCCGGGGGACAUGGAGCGAGUGGAGCGAACCUGUCGUCUUUCAGACCCAGGCAGAAGAGGCUAAGGGAGGCUGGGACCCUCACCUGCUGCUUCUCCUCCUGGUUGUCAUGGCCCCCAUCCUUGUCUUCUUGGGCCUGAAGAUCCAUCUGCCUUGGAGGCUGUGGAAGAAGGUGUGGGUGCCAGUGCCCAGCCCGGAGCAGUUUUUCCAGCCCCUGUACCAAGGCCACAGUGGAGACUUCAAGAAAUGGGUGGGCACACCCUUCAGUCCCUCCAGCCUGGCUGAGGGACCCUGGGCCCCAAGGGUGAGCUCGGUCCUGGAGGUGCAGGACCACGAAGACCACUCCCUGCACAGUCCCACCAAGGGCCCGGGACCUACGGAGCUGCCCGAGCCAGCAGGGCUGGAGACAGACGGGCCUGAGCCGGGCCCCACCAUGGCCAGCAGCCUGGGCAGCUCGGCUGACAGCCAGGAGAGGGACCGGCCGUACGGCGUGGUGUCCAUCAUAGACACGGUGACCGUGGUGGGUGCAGAGGGGCCCUGCACCUGGCUCUGCACCUGUGGGGAUGAUGGCUACCCAGCCCUGAACCUGGACGUCAACUUGGAGGCAGGCCCGGAGCCCGAGGACCCGCCGGUGGGCUCAGUGACCACAGCCCUCCCUUGCCACUGGGUCUCGGCCUGUGGGCCGGGGCUGGACAGCUCUGGGAGUGGCCUCCUCGACAGGGUCAAGCUGUCCUUUGCCGGGGAGGAGCCCUGGGCCUCCAGCCCUCCCUGGCAAGGAGGCUCGCCUGGAGGUGUCUCCCAGAGCGAGGCAGGCUCACCGCCCGCAGGCCUGGACAUGGACACGUUCGACAGUGGCUUUGCAGGCUCGGACUGUGGCAGCCCCGUGGAGUGUGACUUUGCCAGCCCCGUGGACGAGGGGCCUCCCAGGAGCUACCUCCGCCAGUGGGUGGCCAUAGCCCCAGCACCUGCAGGCCCUGGGACCCAGGCCAGCUAA